AGAGGUUGUACUAUCAGUCAGGACUUUUGCUUGCCAAGAAGGGGUGGAGGAAGGAAGUCCCCCCCCAUCUCACUAAUAGCAGAGAGCAAAAGGGAAAACCACAGUCUGCUGUCUUCUGCUAAGGAACUGAGCUGGAAAGCUUUCUCUCCUCUACAGAGUCCUCCUGAUAAAUUUGCCAACAUGGAUUGGAAGUGUAUGGCUCCUGGAAUAAUCCUCUUGUUGGUGAAGCUUACAGGGACAUCUCUGUUUGUUGUUUUCAUGCCAAAAAUUUUCCCUGGGGGAAUCCUCACCUUCGUUCCUGAGAAUUAUACAGUCCCGCGGACUACUCAAAGCCUGCCUGAAGCAAGAGCUACAAGGCCAACCCCCAUCAAAGCUCCUAUUCCUUGGAAUGAAUCUUUCCCCAGGUGGGAAAGAUACAGAGGAAGUGAUUACUGGUUUACUGAAGACAUGCAUUUUUGGAUCGACUGCCAAGCAUUAUGCAUGAAGUGGACCUCCAACCUACUGAUCAUCAAUGAUGAAAAAGAACUGGAGUUUAUUCGGAAUAAAACAACAGCAGGUGAUUAUUUCAUUGGACUGACAUAUUCAGAGUCUAAAAAUGAAUGGCUGUGGAUUAACGACGCAGGACUCCAAAGGAACCUCUUUGCUAUGAAUCCAAACGUGGAUGGAAAGGAGUGUGCAACUAUCACGGCAGACAAAGUGAGCCCAGUAUUAUGCUACCAAGAAAGUCAUUGUAUCUGCGAGAAGAAUGACGCUUCAUUGGUCUGAAACAGCCCUAUGAUGUAUGAUAUGAUGUAACAGGAAAAGAGACAGAAACAUGGACUAUCACUCUUGGCAAAUGGGACCUGCAACAAAAUGUUGCAGUGCUGAUUGCUGCUGCUCACAAUUCCAGCUACUCUGUUCCAUCCCCCCUCCCAGUUUCCCCUCCCUCCCUUCCGACUGUCACUCAGUCCUCACUGAGAUAGGUUCCCCCCAUGAGUUCCCCCCCCCUUAAGAUUUGUUGUAUUUCAGCAAUCCUUGGGGUUCCCCCAAACCUGCUGAUAUUUCCCUGUUUUGUGUGGUUGGUACUGUUUGGGUUAUGUAAACAACAACACUCAGAGCCUGAACACUGGACAUUGAGGGAAAUGGUGAUUAAAAAGGUGACAUCCUAUCACGAACUUACCAACUGUCCACUAUUCACAAUUAUAAUUGCGGCCGCUCUUGCUGUUAUUUAUAUGUCGCUAUAAAUAAUUAAUCGCACUUUACAGUCUGGGGGGGGGGAGAGUUGGAAGGGCAGGUCUCUGCCCCCACGGAUCUUACAGUCUAGUAGGAAUGGAUACAUCUGUCCAUUUCAUUUCUCUCAAUUUCUCAUUUUUCUAACCUUAAAUUCAGGUCUCCACAUUUCUGCAACAAUUGGUAAUUUUUAAAAAAAUCCUCAUGAAAAUUAUCCAGCAGUUUAGUGCAAAUUUCUCCUAAUAAACACAUUUUUGUAGGCAGUUUUGACGAAUAGACACAUUUUUGCAAGCAAGUUCUCAUCAUAUACUGCAUUUUUGUGUGUCAUUUUCGCUCAUACAUUCAUUUUUAUGCGCACUUUCCUCUAACAUAUGCAUCUGUGUAAACAUGGUUUGGUUGGCGAACUGCAUUGCACAAUUCAGAUAAGUGCACAUUUUGAAGGAUGGGCUGUGUUUCAGUUCUCACGUUGUUUCAGAAAGGGCGGAUUUGAUAGAUUUGGCUUGAAAUGCGAACUGAAUCAAAUUUCUCACCCAUCCCUACAGUCUAGUAAGGUUUCACAUGAAACAACAGUUUGGGGCUAUUCUUGAUUUCAGGGGACCUACGUGGGAAAUAAUGAAAAAGCUAGAGACACAAGGCAACUUGCAGGAGGCAAAGAACUCUUUUUAGAAGUCUGCCCCCCUUCUUUCCCCUUGCAACACAUGUGUGGGACCUUUUGCCCUCCAGAUGUUGCUGAACUACAACUCCCAUCAUCUCUGGCCCAUUGGCCAUGGUUGCUGGGGCUGAUGGGAGUCCUCACAUGUGCCUUACAGCCAAAACUGGAAGGGGUAGUGAUAGAAACUUUGACCUGAAUCCUCCUCCCCCAUGAAUGCGUCAGUGACCAAAGGAAGACUGAAGCCAUGGCUGGGUGGCAGAAGGAUUGGUAGGUGAAUUGACAAGAACAAUUUUAACAGAUACUUUUUUAAACAGGGGAAGGGCUGUAGCUCAGUGGUAGGGCAUAUUCUUUGCAUGCAAACAUCCAAAAUUCAAUUUUGAGAAGAGACUAUUGCCUGGAAUCCUGGAGAGCCAAUGCUAGUCCAUGUCAUCAGUACUGAGCUAGAUAGCACCAAAUGGCCUGAUGAUAUAAGGCAGAUUCCUUUGUUGCUAAAAGUGGAAAGAGUCCCAAGGGCCACAGUGACUCAAAAAUUUAUUUAGGUAUUUUAUUUACAACAUUUAUAUACCACCUUAUUGUAAAAAACCUAAAUGGGGUUUACAGAAGGAAAUAAAACAAUAAAAUUAUUGGCAAAACCAGUUAAAGACAGCUGUUUAAAAACAUUAAAAAUAAUAAAACCAAUAAUGAGUUAAAAACAGAUUAAAGACACAAUAGCUUCUACAUGCCUGGGUAAGCUUGCCUAAACAAUAAUGUUUUUAGUAGGUGCUGAAAAGAGUACAGUGGUGUCUGCCUAAUGUCAAUAGGCAGGGAAUUCCAAAGAGUAGGUGCUACCACACUAAAGGACUGAUUUCUUACAAGAGCAGAACACGUAUUAUGUGGCAUCUAUAGCAUGGAAAGCACACCUUGAACUUGUCCUGGUAGCAAAUUGGCAAUCAGUGCAGAUUUUGGAGCAGAGGUAUUAUGUGCUGAUAUGGUCUCACUCUUGUCAUCAGUCGUGCCACAGCAUUCUGCACUAACUAAAACGAAAGACUUUCCUCUUCUCCCAGGCAUUUUAGCUGUGUUUUAUAUUGUUUUAAAUUUUUAAAUUGUGUUUUAAAUUGUUUUUUAAAAAGAUGUAUUUUAAAUUGUAUUUGUUUUUAGUUACUGUAAACCGCCCAGAGAGCUUCGGCUAUGGGGCGGUAUAAAAGUUUAAUAAAUAAAUAAAUAAAUAAAUAACUUCAGCCCCCGG